AUGGCGUUUCUGACGACGGAGGACAUGAAGAUGUGCUUCUCGCUCUUCUGCGUCGUCUAUGGCAUUGGCACGCUCGGCAUGCCGGGCAACUACGCCCGCGCCGGCUACGUCUGGGCGACGAUUGCACUCGCGUUCAUGGCCUCCAUCAACAUUUACGCCUCGGUCUGCAUCUCCAAGGUCAUGAUGGUCGCGCCCAAGAAGGUCCAGACGCUAAGUGACAUUGGCGAGUGGGUCUUUGGCAAGCCCGGUCGCUGGGUCACCGUCAUCACCCACAUGCUGGUCUGCACAAUGGUGCCGAUUGUCUUCCUCGUCCUCGGCGGCACUUUGCUCACGGUGCUCUUCCCCGACUCGUACGCCGACUCGACGUGGAUCGCCCUCAUGGGCCUCUCGCUCCUCCCCGUCUGCCUCAUCCCGACACUCAAGGAAGGUGCCGGCACCGCUGCUGCCGGCGCCCUCGGUACGAUCCUUGCGGAUGUGAUUGCGCUCUACAUUCUUGUCGACGAGAUGACACCGAUGCCUGCCAACGUUUCCCCGCCGUCGCCCGAGCUCUCGGUGAGCGGCGUCACGGCCGUCUUUGGCAACUUGGCGCUCGCGUAUGGCGCCGGCGUCAUCAUUCCGUCGCUCCAGCGCGAGCACUCGCAGCCCGAGCGCAUGCCGCGUGUCAUUACCGUCACGCUCGGCGUCAUCACGACCUUCUUCCUUAUCAUCUCGAUCACGGGCGUCUCGGUCGUCGGCUGCCAGAUUCCCGGCAACCUCCUCUUUGCCAUCACGGGCACCAAGCUCGGGUUUGAAGCGUCGCGCGGCGGCGUCAUCCUCUCGUUCCUCUUCAUGCAGCUCCACAUUACGAUUGCGUUUGCGCUUGUGCUCUUCCCGGCCAUGUUUAUCGCCGAGCGCCUCGUCCUCGGCCUGCACAAGGAGCUCUUCACGCUUGACGCCGACGCUGCUGCGUAUGACGACCUCGAGACGCCAAUCAAGGACGACGCUGAGAAGGCUGAUGCCCCGGUGCACGUGGCAGACCCGGCCGAUGCGUACAAGGCGCCGGGUGCGUACCUCAAGGCGGCGGUGCUUCGUACGGUCAUGGUUGUCCUCUGCGUUGUCAUUGCGAUCGUCUUCAAGGACAAGUUUAGCGACCUCUUGGAUUUUGUCGGCGCGUCUUGCACGGCACUCUGCUGCAUGAUUUUGCCCAUCAUCUUCUAUCUCAAGACGUUCUACAAGACCAUGUCGCUGCCCGAGAAGGCGUUUGCGAUUCUUUCGAUCCUGGUCACGUCGGCGCUGGCGAUCUAUGUGACGAUCAACACGGGCAAGGCCUUGUUCGCGCCCGGCCCGGCGGGUCCGCGCUUCCCGUUCUGCGCUGCCGAGUUCCAGGACUUUGUGUACACCAACAAGACCCACUACAACUUUUAAGGUUGGCGUGUAAAAACGUAUGUAAUCAAAUGUAAAUGUGUG